AUCUGCGUUCCGAGUGUAGAAAGCAGUUUCUGACGUCUCCAAAGCAAUUGAGCUUGUUUUAUCGCUGCUCUGAGUUAUGUCUCGGCGCUUAUUACAGUCUACGUUCACAUUCCUACUACUCUGCCAACUGUACAUGUCAGCUGCUCCUGUGUUUAAAGAAACAUUUUUGUUUUCUAAUCGCACGAUAUUGGUUGGAGAGAGGUUUAAUUUACAUUGCGGUAUUGAAGAUGAUGUAUAUCCUAUUCCAACUAUUACGUGGAACAAAGAUAAUACACCACUAGCUACAGUCACAAGCAAAACAUUUGUCCAUACUGUGACAACUCAAAAGUUAUCUGAUGGUGGAGUUUAUCAAUGUCAAGUCAACAAUUUAGUGGGAAGUAUAAACGAGUCAGUUUCUGUAACAGUUGAAGGUUACAACAUUAUUCUGUGGUGUUGACGUCAUUCUGUAUGGUUGUAUAAAUUUGUCCUCUAACUGCACCUAAAGUUGAAUCGUUUUGCAAUGCUGGAGGUACAAUAUAUUUGUGUGCUGGAAUGAAUCAAAUAUUAAGCUGCUCAGCAUCUGGUCUACCAUAGCCUGAUGUUAUGAUAAGUGGACCGCACUCAUCUGUCUUGUUACCAAACAUUUCUAGGAUCACAUUGAAUCCCGUGAUGCAAAAUGAUUGUGGGAUAUACAUGUGCAAUGCUACUAAUACACACAAAACAGUUAAUGAAAUGUGUACAGUUGACG